AGUCUCGCAAUAGCUGCGUUCACUCUGUUCGGAACAUGUGGGAGGAACUACAUCCGGUUCUACAGUGGCGUGAAGAGAGAGUGCGUCAUCGGAGAGAAAACAUGCCGUUUUUACACGGAUUCAGGAGGAUCGUGUAUGAGUAUCAACCUCUAGUUGACGCCGUGAUGGGUGUGCUGGGCACCGAGGAGGAUUCCCACAGCAGACAUCAAGAUAAUGAGGAAAGCGUCUGUAGGGAUCUUGUGGAGCUUCUGGAUAAAGAGUCCCCGGAUAAAGAGUCCCCAGUCUUCAUGGAGGGAAUUAAAUACUGCCUGUUUAAAAUGGCCGAACUCGGGUUGGUCAGUGCGGCACGAGUGUUUUUGCGUUAUGGGGCUGAUCUGAACUUUGAGGACCCAGUAUCGUACUACAACCCUUUGCACAUUGCAGUGUUGAGGAAUAAACCAGACAUUGUUCAGUUGUUGCUGGCUCAUGGAGCUAAAAUUAACAAGAGGGACAGGAUUCAUGAAAGCAGUCCUCUUGAUUUGGCCAGUGAAGAAGCAGACAGGCUGCCAUGUUUGCGUGUGCUUCUGGACCUGGGGGCUGACGUAAAUGCAAAAGACAAAAAUGGAAAAACUGCCCUGCUCCAUGCUCUGGCCAGCAGUGAUGGACUCACGGUCAAAAAUACAGACAAUAUACAGCUGCUUCUAGAAAGAGGUGCGGAUGUGAACGCCACUACGCAUGAUGGCGAGACCCCCAUGUCCUCGCUGACCUUCCUGGUAAAGGAAGCUCUGGAUAGCAGUCAGGAGGACGCCAAGGAAAUCAGGCACUUCUGUACCCGUGUGGCACAUCUUCUCAUUAUCCACGGUGCUGACCCCAGCUGCUGUUUGAACGCUGCUGACGGUGAAGUGUGGGAACCCUCGCUAACCUACACCAGCCUGGAGAACUUCGAUCUGUUUUUUCCUCUGGCCGCUCUUCUCCUCCAGCACGGAGGUUCUUUCUUCUGCUCUCACCACAGCUGGACAGGUCAACGAUUGAUAUUCACGCGUCUCGCCGAAGCUCUGCGUGAACCUUUAGACGCCGUUGAGGUGGCUGAUCUUUUUGCUAAAGCUGAAGCACUGUUGGAUCUGGCCACGAUCUGCUCCCCAGUCUUACCUCCUCUAUUCCCCGAAUCAGAGCUGCCUGUGUUGGAGCAUUCCUCCGCCCAUCAAUCGUUGCGGGAGCUCUACAGCAAACUGAAGGACCAGGAGAGCCAGCCACUGCCUUUAAGGUGCCUUUGUAGGAGACGUAUCCAUCAAUGUCUGCGACCCUGGCCCUUUGAAGAGAAGGUGAAAGUCCUUCCACUGCCCGACAGACUAAAGAUGUUGCUUCUCCCAGAGCACAGCUGGGCAAACAGACCUGGAUGGGAUGUCUUCAAACCCUGCAGUUCUCUCAGCUGAGAGACAGUUAAACCGAUAUGUGUCUGUGGUUGUAAAUAUCCUUAAUGAUUUAUUAUAAUCUGGAUGGAUAUAAACCGGUUUAAGAUUACAGUUGUUUAGUACCUGGGUUAUCUCAACAACAUAAAAACAAAUUUGACCUGCUUUAGUGUACCAGAUCUAAAUAACCGUGACUAUAGAAAAAGUUGUCUCUUGGUGUGAGACUGACGAAAUGUAUGCAAGUGUGGACAGAUCAUAGUAAUGUCACGGUCUGUUAUCUAUGCCAAAAUGUCUAUAACUUAAGUUCACUUAUUCAGUUUUGUGAAAAGCAAUAAUUGUUUACACAUGGGUCUUUAAUCUACCACAUCACUGCCACAUGUACUACAGUUUUUUUUUUUAAACUGCUUAAUUAUAAGUUUUAGUUCAGAUCAGUAAAUCAUGUAAUAUACAAAGUGGUGCCUUAAGAAGGUGUGCAUUGUUUGUAGUGGGAUAAAUUAAGAAAUAGUUGGUUUCUUGCCUUGUACAGUGUCUUUAAAACACCCUGUUCAAAAAAACUUAAAUAUUGUAAUUUCAACUUGAAAUGUCAUUAAAUCCAUAAAAAACUCCUUUAUGAA